CCUCCCCGAGUGCUGGGAUGACAGGCGUGAGCCUCCGCGCCCGGCCGAUAUAGUUUUAAUCAAGCAAAAAUAACAUAUGGCCACGUGAGGUCCCCAGGUGAGCACCCAGCACCGUGAACCGUGGCCUUGGCAGAUACCGACGAGCUUCCAGACACUCGUGUUACGAUGGGCCUUUCUCAGCCCCGUCCCGCUGAGGCUGGGAAGCUGUCGGGACCCGUUCGUGAGCGCCGAUCACGGCGGUUUUCAGUGUCACGCUGGUUUUGUCUGUCGUCCCCUGCACUAUUUUAAAAGCCUUUCUCGGGUCCUGCAGAUCCUGUUGGGCAGCAGAAAGAGCGCUUUUCUGGAAACUGUCACCUUACAGGAGUGUUUUGCAGCUGGCUUGGGAGACAGUGAAAAAUCUCAAAGAUUGUCCCUAAAAAGUCACAGUGUUAAGUUUUCACUCUAUGAAACUUACGCAGGACAGAGCUGAAAAUUCCUUCGACUUUUCCUCACGUUUUCAGCAUUAGAAACAGCUCUUUCGAGAUUGUAUCUUCUCGGGGGUCGUCCUGCGGCGACGAUGUCUCACUGAUGCCUUUGUUAUCGCGGGUCUGAGCCUCACGACCGCGCACGUACCCGGCACGUAGACCUCCAGGCCGGAAUCUCCAGGGAUGACCAGCCCCUCCCCGCGCAUCCAGAUAAUCUCCACGGACUCCGCCGUAGCCUCGCCGCAGCGCAUCCAGAUUGUGACCGACCAGCAGACGGGACAAAAGAUCCAGAUCGUCACCGCAGUGGACGCCUCCGGGUCCCCCAAACAGCAGUUCAUCCUGACCAGCCCCGAUGGCGCUGGAGCCGGGAAGGUGAUCCUGGCGUCCCCGGAGACGUCCAGCGCCAAGCAGCUGAUAGUCACCACCUCGGAUAACCUCGUCCCCGGCCGCAUCCAGAUCGUCACGGAUUCCGCUUCCGUGGAGCGACUGCUGGGCAAGGCGGACGUGCAGCGGCCCCAGGUCGUCGAGUACUGCGUGGUGUGUGGCGACAAAGCCUCAGGCCGUCACUACGGGGCCGUGAGCUGCGAAGGCUGCAAAGGCUUUUUCAAGAGGAGCGUGCGGAAGAGCCUGACCUACAGCUGCCGCAGCAGCCAGGACUGCGUCAUCAACAAGCACCACCGCAACCGCUGCCAGUUCUGCCGGCUGAAGAAAUGCCUGGAGAUGGGCAUGAAGAUGGAGUCCGUGCAGAGUGAGCGGAAGCCGUUCGACGUGCAGCGGGAGAAACCGAGCAACUGCGCUGCUUCCACGGAGAAGAUCUACAUCCGCAAGGACCUGAGAAGCCCCCUCAUCGCGACGCCCACGUUCGUGGCCGACAAAGAUGGAGCGAGACAAACAGGUCUUCUUGAUCCAGGAAUGCUUGUGAACAUCCAGCAGCCCCUGAUCCGUGAGGACGGCACGGUGCUCCUGGCCACGGAUUCCAAGGCCGAAACGAGCCAGGGAGCUCUGGGCACACUGGCAAAUGUGGUGACGUCCCUUGCCAACCUCAGCGAGUCCUUGAACAACGGUGACACAUCAGAAAUCCAGCCAGAGGACCAGUCUGCAAGCGAGAUCACUCGGGCGUUCGAUACCUUAGCUAAAGCACUUAAUACCACAGACAGCUCGUCGUCCCCGAGCCUGGCGGACGGCGUGGACGCCGGGGGCGGAGGGGGCAUCCACGUCAUCAGCAGGGACCAGUCGACACCCAUCAUUGAGGUCGAGGGCCCCCUCCUGUCGGACACGCACGUCACGUUCAAGCUGACCAUGCCCAGCCCGAUGCCCGAGUACCUGAACGUGCACUACAUCUGCGAGUCGGCGUCCCGCCUGCUCUUCCUGUCCAUGCACUGGGCUCGCUCCAUCCCCGCCUUCCAGGCGCUGGGGCAGGACUGCAACACCAGCCUGGUGCGGGCCUGCUGGAACGAGCUGUUCACGCUCGGCCUGGCGCAGUGCGCCCAGGUCAUGAGUCUGUCCACCAUCCUGGCCGCCAUCGUCAACCACCUGCAGAACAGCAUCCAGGAAGACAAGCUGUCGGGCGAGCGGAUCAAGCAGGUGAUGGAGCACAUCUGGAAGCUGCAGGAGUUCUGCAACAGCAUGGGCCGGCUGGAUAUAGACGGCUAUGAGUACGCAUACCUUAAAGCUAUAGUUCUCUUUAGCCCCGACCAUCCGGGCCUGACCAGCACCAGCCAGAUUGAGAAGUUCCAGGAGAAGGCGCAGAUGGAGCUGCAGGACUACGUGCAGAAAACCUACGCGGAGGACACGUACCGGUUGGCCCGGAUCCUGGUGCGGCUGCCGGCGCUGCGGCUCAUGAGCUCCAGCAUCACGGAGGAGUUGUUCUUCACCGGCCUCAUCGGCAACGUGUCCAUCGACAGCAUCAUCCCCUACAUCCUCAAGAUGGAGACGGCCGAGUACAACGGGCAGAUCACGGGCGCCAGCCUAUAGUGGCCGCCGGGGACACGGAGCGCGUGACGGACGCCGGCGCGGCGUGUCGGUAUGUGUGCAAAAGUCUCCCGGGUCGGCCGCGUCGUCCUCGCCCGUCCCCUCCCCCCGCCCCGGCGACAGCAGCUGAGAGACUUCGUGGGAAAGUGUCCCGCCCCCGAGCCACCUUCUCAUGCCUUUUGACGAAGCCGCCGAUUUCCGGAACGAUCUUUGAAAACUCGAUUUGUACCUAGAAGUUCUCUCAAAGGGCAAAAAACAACAAAACAAAAGAAACAAACAAAAAAAAGUGAAGUUUUAUAAUGUCAGAGACUUAGUAUUAAAGGAAACUCAAAAGAA